AUGCUGGCAAGUAGGAGCCAUCUUCAGUGCUCAGCAGUCAGCCCCAAAGUCUCCUUUCCCCUUGGCCCUUUCCCAAGACACAUCUGGAUCCAUCACAACACUCCUCAGGACAGUCUGGAUAAAGCUUGCCACGAGAUCUGGAAAAGGGUCCAAGGCCUCCCUGAGGAGCUCCAACCAAGGUCCUCAUCACCGCUUUUCCACCUUAGCUGUCAGCCAGUCCCAUCCUCAGAGACCCUCAGAGAAGACAGUGGUUGCAGCAGCAGCGGCCCCCAGAAGGAAUCUUUGGAAAAUAGUGCUGGGAAAGACGAAAUAUCACUGCUGGUUGAGCAGGAAUAUUUGAGCCUCACCCAAGAGAAUGCAACGGAGCUCGCCCUUCAAAGAUCUGAGGAGACCAAGGGGCCCCCAGUGGCUCCAUAUAAGCCCCCCACUAACAACUUUCCAAUGGCAAGUGAUGGAGACCAGGCGUUAGAAGAGAGGGAGGUGAUGGAGAAUGUCUACAGAGUCCUCACUGGGAACAAAAGGGAGGUGAAACUGAGGACUCUUUCAGAUGUCCAGCUUUCCACAAAGUCCACCGUCACAGGCAUCUGGCUCCCUGCAAAAUUAAUCUACAAGAAUGCCAAAAGCACAGAAAGUGGAACCGGUGCCAUGAUGGCCUCCAACACUCAACUCACCAAGCUCUUGGCACAGCUCCCCCUGAAGCGUGUUGAGGUUGCCAAGGCUCUAGACAGCAAAAUGGUGGCCGAAGAAACCAAGUUGAUCAAGGACCUGCUGCAAAGCAACAUGUUUGGAUCUGUGCCCCCAAAAGACAACAUGGCACGGCCUCCACCAAUCAUGGCUGUGGGAGAAAGUCAAGGAGCCGGACAAAAGAAGCAGCUGCCAGUGUUUGCUAAGAUCUGCUCAAAGACUGAGCCUGAGCUGGUUUCUGAUGGACUCUGCCAAAAUCAUGCCACUUCAGCAGCCAUUGAUAAGAACAACCUGAAAUACAGUGGGGGGGUCUUCACGCCACGAUUUCCAGCAACCUCAACAGCCACCUCCUUAAAACAGCCGAUGUGGCUCAGCCUGAACUACCCUCCACCUCCUCUUUUCCCAAACCACUCGAGUUUCCCUCAGUAUCAGAGUUUGUAUCAGCAAAGAGCACGGAUUCCGUACCAGCAGACGUUACACCCUCAGCUCGGCUGCUACUCCAGACAGGUGACUCCCUACAACCCUCAGCAGAUCUUCCGUUCCCCGUACACCCCUGUGCUCAGCUACAUCCCCCUGGUGCAGCCUGGCUACUCGUACCAGCAGAGGAACGCAGCCAAGCCAUCCAGUAGCAUACGGGAUCCUCCAGCAAUGGCAGGUGAUGGGCCUCAGUAUCCAUUUUCUCCUUCCUACGGGUUCACAUCUACCACAGCUGGGGCUGUAAGGACCAACCCUUAUUUUUCUUCUAAUGGAGGUGGCAACAGUUUUUAA